GCUAAACUCGUCGUAUGGCCGGGUCCUACCGCAAGUUAGUGACGGCAGGUUGCGUGGAGAGGCAGCAGAGCGCGUGCGCAUCGCGUCGUUUUUCCCAGUCGGUUUGCGCACGCCGUCUCACGCGCCUAGGCUUCGCUUUGUGUCCCGAUCUGAAUCUGAGGAAAUCUAACAGUUAACAGAUCAAGAUAAAUAAUAAUUGCCUGCAAGGCAAGCAAAGUGUUCGUGCGAUUGUGUUGAUGUUGUGCUGUGUGUAUGUGAUGUAUUAUCUACACAAUGGACUUGGUCAAAAGAAUACUCGUUAAAGCAAAUCUGGAGGACCAGCUUAAAGUUUUUGAAGAGAAUGAAAUCGAUGACAAGAAUGUGAAAAACUUAACGCCUGAUGUUUUGAAAGAAAUAUUCCCCAAAAUUGGACACAGGAUUAGAUUCUCAGAAGCUCUGGUUGAUGAAAUGUCCAAGUCCCAGAUUAUCACAGUGCCCUUAACCCCAACAAUCUCUAAGCCUGUAGAAAGUCCAGCAAGAGAAAGGAGUAGUCAGAAGGAAAAGAGCCCGAACAAGAGACAGAGCCCUGAGAAGGGAAAGAGCCCUGAGGAGGGAAAGAGCCCUGAGAAGGGAAAGAGCCCUGAGAAGGGAAAGAGCCCUGAGAAGGGAAAGAGCCUACAGAAGGGAAAGAGUCUUCAGAAGGGAAAGAGCCCUCAAAAGGAACAGAGCUCUCAAAAGGAACAGAGCUCACACAAGAGACAGGCCCCUUCGAUUUCCGGGGGAGGAGAGUGUAAAAAAUCAAAGUUUGAUAAAUCCGACCAGGAGACUGUGGAGCAACCUAUUUCCACUGAUAAAGAAAAGGAAGAAAUGAACAAGUAUUUAGAGAGUAUUUUCGAGAAGUCAUUAAACGGCCGAGCUGUUAUGAAAGCUGUGCAAAAUAAAAAAUUCGAUGCAACUAUUAGAAAAAUGUUAUUGGACUGCAUUAUUACGCAUGAAUUGGAAGAAUCCAGUGACAUGAAGAUCUCAACAAACACUUUUAAAUAUUUAGCUAACUGCAUAUCAAAUUAUGUAAAAAUUGAAGCACCUACUGUAUACUACAUUCCAGCUCGCCGAGACGGCUCCAUUAGAGUAAGCGCCAAAGGAAUGCUUGUCCAAAAUUAUCAUAACAGGCUGCGCGUCUAUUCGGAUUGCGGAUUUCGAACUAAAAGAGAGAAGCUCAUGUCUAUUGAUAUGCCUAGUAGUAGUUCUUCAGAGGAAAUUGCACCUCCUGUAACCUUUGAUGAAGAUAAUGAAUGGCUACAGAAGUGUACAGAACCAUUCGAUAUUCUUUCACUAAAAUGGAAGGCAACUUCUAAAAUACGUAUCGCUAGGUAUCACAGUAGCGAUCAAAGAGCGGAUCUAUAUAUGAAACAGUAUCCUGCACUCCUCAAAGAUUUUGGGCACCGCUUGAUCAACAUUGACUAUCAGGAACUGCACCCGGGGUCGGAUGAUGAAUUCUACAAAAACUGGCCAGAGUUUGCUGAUAGAGUUUUGGCUCUUGUAACCAAAAAAUGUACUGAAAGUACAACAUUUAAGGAGCUGGUGCUUGCGGACACUCCGUCCUUCUUUGCGAUUGCAGAUUUUAAAGAAGUGGAUGAACAAGAAAGGAACUAUCUUUGCAUCUCUUUACUGCCAUUCCUCUUAAGGCCCCCCCAUAUCAACAGAAAGGUAAAAUUCUCCAAACGUGAAGUUAAAGAUAGUUUUUUCAUGAGAUGUUCGUCCCAAUCAGACUUUCGGUCAGAACUUAAGAAAAAAAACGAAGAUCAUUUAAAGGCGAAAGUUCCUAUCCAGCCAUUGCCCAUAUUCGUUGGGACCGAUGUGAAAGCCCUUGAUUGCUAUGUCGAGGUCAACAGUACUCUGUACAGUACGACAUCUUUGUUGCAAGCUGUCACUGUAUGCUUCAAAUGUUUCUUUGUCCUUAAUCUAAGUUAUCCGAAGGCAGCUGAGAAACUUUGGACUUUUAUCCAGAACGAGCUCUUCCAUAUUGGGCCCUACGUCGCUGCAGCUCCAGACGUGGAGCUUCUAAAGUCUUCUUUGGCAUCUGUGCCUUUACCCGAAUAGACUGUUCCCA